GAUGUGACGCGUAGCUAAAUGUAAAUUCAGAGUUUACUGUGUUCUGCAUUGAAUACUACGUACAAUUUCCAGAGCUAACGAAUAAUAAAUUGUUUAAAUAAUAUGGAUAAUUCCGGGAAAGAGAAGGAGGCUUUGGCUCUCAUCGCUGAGGCUGAUAAAAAGAUGAAGUCCUCACGAGGAUUUGGGAUGUUGUUCGGGUAUGUGCCAACUAAGUUUAGCUUGCUAGCUUGUUUAUUUGAUUUGUAUUAGCUAGAUACUACUAAUUCAGAUCCGCGUCCCAUAUGUAUUUUAACAUCAAAGUAUGUACCUACGAAAACACUCACCAAAGAAUAACUAUAUAUACGUUGACGAUAACGUUGGCUAGCUAGCUAUGUUACACCAACAUUGAGUACUCAGUCAAAUAUCCCCUAUUCAUCUGGUCUACUGACAGUGUUGUCAUAUCACUUUGUUAGCAGCCUGGCUAUAUCUCAUGUUUUGCCUUUUUCGUUCAUUGCCAUGCCAAGCAUGUUUGAUGUUUGUUGUACGUAGUAUUCGUUAGGUCUAAACAACAUUGUCUGUGUUUUUCUCCAGAGGUUCAUCCCGGAAGUAUGAGGAAGCGUGUGACAUGUAUGUGAGGGCAGCAAACAUGUUCAAAAUGGCCAAAAAUUGGAGUGGUAAGAUUUGGUUUCAAUUUUAUAGUGGACAUUUAGAACAACGGGGAUUGUGUUGGAUGUAACCAACCUAAUAUUGGUUCACAUUUUGUUCCAGCUGCUGGCAACGCAUUCUCCCAAGCAGCACACCUCCAUCUGCAGAUGGACAACAAACUUGAUGGAGCCAUCAAUUUACUUGAUGCAGGCAAUGCUUUCAAAAAAGCAGACCCACAAGGUACAUCCCAUUUUACUGAAAGAGAUUACAAUUGCAUUAUCAAAAUUAUAGUUGGGUUUAUGGAACAGACAUUAAAUAUAAAUUGUAUUAUAUCCUCAAAGGUUGAACAAUGUGUGGCGCUGUAUAUGCCCUAUUAGAAUCCUACACUGAAGAUCCAGGGUAAACAGUAAUUCCUGUGUGACUGUGAUUCUAUUUGAGUGUACUUUUCAUCUCCACAGAGGCCAUCAACUGCCUGAACCAAGCCAUUGAAAUUUACACCGACAUGGUGAGAAGCUGGGAGUAUUUCUGCAUUUACUAGUGUAACAAAUAAGUAAAUCUGAAGCCUGCUCAAUGCUAGAAAAUUGUGCCUAGUGUUCAGGAGCACUAACUGUAUGGUGUUGAUGAUUAUUUCACCUUUUCUUGUCUGCAGGGCCGUUUCACCAUUGCUGCCAAACACCAUAUAUCUAUUGCUGAGAUCUACGAGAGUGAGCUAUUAGACGUUGAUAAGGUCAGUUAUAAGAGCCUUAUAGAGUGUGGUAUCCUGUAAUGUACUGUUUUAAAAAAAUAAUAAUCUUUCACAUAUUUCAGCCUUUGGUAUUACUGAGAGGCCAUGACUAGUAAAUGUGCAUCUUUAAUCCACAGGCCAUUGCUCACUAUGAACAGGCUGCAGAUUACUACAAAGGGGAGGAGUCAAACAGGUGUUUCAAUGUUCUGGCAUAAUCUCUUAUGGAUUUACUGGUCUAUUCCAUCCCACUUUUCAUACAUUUAUUUUAGUGUUGUGUGAAUGUCUUGAACUGAUUAGUUUCUUGCCAAUCUAAUUGUAGUGCUGCAAAUAAGUGCCUUUUGAAAGUGGCCACCUAUGCUGCCCAACUGGAACAGUACCAGAAAGCCAUUGAGAUUUAUGAACAGGUGUGUAUUUACCCAUGUAUGUGUAUUAAAUGACCAAUUAACUGCAUUAGUGGGCUUUCCCCAAUUACCUUAUUAUGAGUUUGUUUUGUGUAAUGCUUAGAUCGGAACAUAUGCAAUGGACAGCGUCCUGUUGAAGUAUGGAGCUAAAGACCACUUCUUUAAAGCAGCUCUUUGUCACUUCUGUGUGGACAUGCUUAAUGCAAGGGUGAGUCUUUAUUUUCUUAUACUUACAUCAACACUUUGCCUCUAUGUAGUAGUUUUGACUUGCUCUGAUCUCUUGUCUACCGUCAGCUGUCUGUCCAGAGAUAUGAGGAAAUGUUUCCAGCCUUCUCAGACGCUAGAGAAUGCAAACUGGUUAAGGUAGGUCUAUUAUUAAACCAUCGGUCACUAUGUUUGUAUUUCAUAUUUCUGCUUUGUUUUCAAAGUUAAACAUCUCUUUGAAUGGCUUUAUAUCUGAGUGGAUAUAAAAGCAAACAUGACACAUUUCCUGAGUGAUAAGUAUUGUGACAGUGUACAAUAAAUGUCUUAUGCUGUAUUUUUAACAGAAACUUCUAGAUGCAUAUGAGGAACAGGAUGUGGAUGCAUUCACCGAUGCGGUAGGUUUUUCUCAUGCCAUUCCAUGGUGACAGAAUUAUGUUUAAAUUAUGUUUGUCCAUUAAACCAGUUCUCCUUCUCUAACAGGUGAAGGACUUUGACUCCAUCUCAAGAUUGGAUCAGUGGAACACCACUAUGUUACUUAGGAUCAAGAAACAAAUACAGGAUGAUGAGAGCGACCUUCGCUAAUCCUUCCCUCUGUUAAUCCAUCAGAACAAAUCAUAAUCUCCCUCACUACUCCUGGAACUUUAACACUAUAUAUCACGUUACAUUCCUGAAUAACUUUCCAUUUUUCUGUCUGGUUGGUCUCAUCCUUUAAUCACAGGCAUUGAACCCUUUAAAUGAGUGUUUCCUGUCUAUCCACUUAUCAAUCUCUGAUGUGUUGUCAAGCAACAAGGGUCCUGGCCCAGACCCCAAAGAUAAACUACUGGAAAAAUCCUGUGUAGAAUAGCACCAGGUAGAUAAAGAAGUGUAGCUAUUAGCUAGCCCAUCCAAAUAAGAUGGAUAAUUACCUGAUACUAAACAUUGUUGUAGUUUAUUUCUUGUCAUGUGUUGUUUUCUGUCACAGUAACUCCACGUCACUCUCAAAGUGCUCAUGCUUAUAGGUAAUCUAUGUCCUGGACAUUUCCAGAGGCAACAUUUAUGUACUACUAGAACAUACUGUCAUAAACUGGGUUGUUAAACACAGUGUUUCAGUCAUAAAAUGUCAAGGCUUCUACUUUACUUAUUUGAAGUAUGUUGUCAUUGCUCAAUGCUGCUCGUCUUACACAAUAGCAAAGUCAUCAGCCAAAGACGUUUUUAAUUGGGCAUCUUAUAUUGGGUUCAGACUACGGAAGAGAUGGUACACAUUUUUCAACUCUGUACAUUAUUUCAGAGGAGUCUGCUAACAGCCAUUCCCCUUUAUUUAUUAAUCUCUAAAAUGUGAAAUGUUGAAUUGUGUUUUAUUAUACAGUAGAUACUAUUUCUGUUGUCAUUCCAAAGGAAAUAGAUUUAAAUUCCCACACAGGGAGAUGAUUCCUAUCAACCUGUCCAGGCACUUAAAAGGUGGUGGCUUAUUGCAAUCUUGCACUUAACCAUUUUGAUUUAUUGUCCAUCUUGAUUAUUAUUUGAUUAAACAUUUUGUUUUAAAUUAUACAAUUAUCUUGUGGCUUGACUAAUAAGAGGUAAAGCAUAGUACAUGUACACUACACAUUACUCAAACGUCUGUAUAACAGAGAAACAGAUUAAACGGAAGGAUGAUGAUGAUAGUUAAUGAUCCAUGAUAAACUUGUCUGCUUCAUUUGAUUUACAGAAUGGUUUUUAACCUAAUUCACUGGGUUAGCAGAGAUUAAUCAAAUAAUUACUUGUAUUGCAUGCAUUCCAUGUCUUGUUUUAUGCAAAUUAAUAAGAAAUCUGACUUUUUCUUCUCUGACUAGUUUCUGUCAUGCUCUUUUAUGGUUAUAGAGAUAUAUAUACUUAUUGAAGGCAUACCUCACAUGUUCUGACAUGGCCAAUUAAGGACAGGAGCAAUUAGUGAGGUAUUGAGUUACUUGUCUGCUUCAUGUGGAAAGUAAUAAACAGUGAAGUCUGCCUUGCCAACACAUCUGACUAAGGGCUGAUGGCUAAGAAAAUAUGUAAAUUAAAUGCACAAACAUUGUUUAAUUAAAACCUUUUGGGGUGGGACUCUGUUGGAGCAUGGUGGGUUCGAUCUGGGAUCAGUGUGUGUUUUGCUCUCUACCUGCAUUGUCUGUAUAAUCUUUAAAAAAUGACAAAUAAAAAUAACAUGUACAAACAUUGUUCUCUCAGUGCUUUGUGCUUGUGAAACAAAAAGGACAUUGCUUAACUAAUUGUUUUAUUUGUUCUUUCCUGAUAAAUUAGAGGCUCUAUUCAAUCUGUAACGCUUCCACAGUAGAAAUGUAAAGGUCAUUUCCGAUUGAGCCGACAUAUGCAGCGUUUCCUGUGAAUGCAGUCUCAACUAAAGCCGGAACAUUGCCUUUCAAUUUAAAUCACGCUGUAAAGCUGAACUUCGGAUGAGGAUUAAAUAGAGCCCUAGGGCUUUAGUCAACAGUAAAUAUUGCCUAUUUUGUAAUGUAGUGUCUGUUAACUACAAAGUCAUCCUUAAU